GGGGGCGGCUUAGGGCAGCUAAGCCGCGGCCGGGCCGAGGGCGGUCGCAGCUGCAGCCAAGGGCUCGUCAGAGCCGGCCGCGGCUGCCAGCAGAGGGACCUGCGGCACCGCGGGUUGUUCCAUCUCCCUCGCCCUGGACUGAGGCAGUUGCCUGUCAAGCUGCACUUCAACACAGGGCAAUGGCUGCUAUCUCAGAGCGCACUUUUAUUGCUAUCAAGCCUGAUGGAGUCCAGCGGGGGCUGGUGGGAGAAAUCAUCAAGCGGUUUGAACAGAAAGGAUUCAAACUAGUGGCUAUGAAAUUAAUACAUGCCUCUGAAGACCUUCUGAAAGAACACUACAUUGAUCUGAAAGAGCGGCCAUUCUAUGAUGGUCUGGUGCAGUAUAUGCACUCUGGACCUAUUGUUGCUAUGGUGUGGGAGGGUCUUAAUGUCGUUAAGACUGGAAGAGUGAUGCUGGGGGAAACUAAUCCAAUGGAUUCAAAGCCUGGCACUAUUCGUGGUGACCUCUGUGUUCAAGUUGGCAGAAACAUCAUUCAUGGAAGUGAUUCUUUAGAAAGUGCUGAGACAGAGAUCAGUCUAUGGUUCACUCCUGAAGAAUUAGUUGAUUACAGAAGCUGUGCUCAUGAAUGGAUUUAUGAGUAAAACUGAGCCUACAUCUUUUGAUGUCUUUACUAACUAUACAGCUGUCAUUCUCUAAUUAUUUCAGAAUCCUUCAUAUAAACUGGUAGAAACCUGUCUCAAAAAUCAGUGCUAUUCCUCUGUUGUGAAUAUUAAAUAUAAACACUGUUUGCUGCUGUUUUGAUUAAAAGCUACUAACUUAAAGAUGGAAGCGUAUUAUAAACCUUUUCAGCUCCUUAUGAGGGUGAAAGAAGAUUAAAACAUAGAAAGCAUUCGUUGUUAAUAACAUAGAUUGCAUUUUAUUUUCCUGAAAUACUCUGUAGCCAAAGAAAAUACUCUGGUAAAUAGAAACAUAUGCAAAUGACUGUGUUAAAGUUGUAUUACUUUGUUAAAAUGUUAGAGGACAGCUGGUGGUAUGUAAAUAUACUGACAGCAUUCCCAAAUAUUGAGGACUUUAAAAGUUAAGAAGGCAAGCCAACUCCCAUGCCAAAAUAACUACAGAGAAAAGCUUAUUUAUUUCUCCCCCUGUGCUGUUACUGUAUACAGAGCAUACCUUUGCUUAAAGCAAGAACUUUUCUCCAGAUUGACGCAGUUUGUUUAUUUUUUUUCCCACACGGGAUUUAUUUAGCAUUUAAAGGAAGGAUUAAUAUGCUAGGCUUUUUGAAAUGCCUAUUUAUGAGGAAAGAAGAUUAAUGUGUGAGAAUGGCUGAGAGAUCCAUGUUCAGCUGCUUCAUGGCAGCAAUCUUUUGACACUGCAUAGAGGAACAAUAAGUGAUGUUUGUUUUCCUGACUGAACAGCUGAUAACAGUUGUGAAGAAAAUAACUUAGCUAUGUUCUUACUUAUGCUCUCCUUUCCUUAAUAGAUGGAACUCCAAAAACAAGUUGUUCUUGGAUAAGUGGGUUUUUUUUUAAGUGAACUUAGCAGUAUUUUUAUUUCUUCUUAAUUGUAAAGAAGUACAUUUGUAAUAAACAUACUUCGACAGAGUCUGAUUCUAUCAGGAAAAAUUAUUAACCUCUUGCAGAAAUAUUCUACAACAACCAUGCAGUAAUUGUACCGAACCACCAAGGAACAAGAAAUGAAAAUUAGGUUUAAUAUUAUGUAUUUAUUCCCUUGCAACAAAGUGUUUCAUAAGCUCACUGUUCAAACUCUUUAUGAAACUUUUGCCUAGAGAGAAUUGUUGUUUCAAAUGCUCAACUGUACAAUGCAAGCUGAAUUCAAUCCUUAUGAAGUUAUUCUGAGACACCCGAGUCCUAAAAAGAGACAGUAUCAAAUAAAACAAUAUCUGCUAUUUCUUAAGUGAAAUUAAAGGCCCUGCUCAUUA